AUGCUGCGCUCUGGGCAGUUUUCUGACCUGACGUUGGUAUGCCAGGGCAAAGAAUUCAAGAUUCACAAAGUGGUUGCAUGCCCACAGUCGCCUGUGUUUUCCGCUGCCGUCAGUGGAGAGUUCAAGGAGAGCCAGACAGGUGUGAUCGAGAUUGAGCUCUUCGAUAGCGAGACGGUGAGGCGUAUGGUCGAAUUCUUGUACACUGGAAAUUAUGACUGCAACCAACCUCAAGAACAGAAUACAGACACGCUGACUCAUGUGCGAGUAAAUGCAAUUGCCGACUACUACGGUAUUCACCGUCUCACGCUGCUUGCCAAUCAAAAGAUCCAGCAAGUAUACCAGGACAAGUGGAAUGCCAAGGCUUUUCUAGCGUCAACGAGAGAGGCUCUCGACAACACUGGCGACAAAAAGCUGCAUAGCGUGAUGGCACUUCUAGCGGCGCAGCAUCUGGAAGAGCUGAUGGCAUCCUCCAAGAUGGCUGACUUGGUUGGCGACUUUGCUGCCGAAGUCCUGCGUUACCACGCCCUCAAGUUUGAAGCGACUAAACAAGAGCAACACCAAAAGGCGGCUGUUCUGGCCACAACCCAGGCUGCCGAGGCCAAGACUGCCCGCGUCAUUGCGAACAUCGACAGACUUGUCACUACAAUGUGUGAUAGGGAGUACUGUCGGAAUACUGCUUGUGAAAUGGAGUUUGGCUGCCAUAUUGAGAAACUUGCGGGCGACGAGCCCAACUACGUUCUUCGGUGUUCUUACUGUCGAUGCAGGCACUAA